AUGGACUCCAUUAGCACUUCACAAAUAAAGACAGCCCUACAACAUAUGUCUGAGUCAGUGUUCAUGGGACUUUGUGUUAAACUUGGGACCUCACAGGUGGUGGCCAUAAGAAGAGACGCUAUGGACAUCAGUGAGAUGCUUGAAAAUCAAAUAAGAACAAGUGAUGACGUCAGUAUGAUGUGGAGUGGAAGUCUUAGAGAAGGAUUCAGACAGGAAGAAUCAGAUGCAGACUUAAUGUCGUGGCGAAAUAAUCACCGUGUGAUCUGGGAAUCAUCUCAGUCUCAGUAUUACAGCACACACAGACAAACACUGAUCCUCUGUGACUCUUCUGAUAGUCAUCCAGGAUACACUUUGUUGUCUUUACUGUCACCAAGCAUAUAUCAAAUAAUCCAGACAGCUUGUAUUAGAAUAAAUAACAGGGUUUAUAUCUCCAGUUCAGAAUACAGAAAGACUCGUUGUUCUGCAAGUUUACCUGACUCCAUUCCACAUGGACCCUGUGCCAGUGGAAUACUUGAAACAAUAGAAUAUGAUUUAGCCGACUGUUUCGUUUGUGACUUUUGGCCUCCAUCUGCCUCCUCAUGGAUAGGCAGAUGUCACUCAUGGCCCCAGCCACAUAUUGUUGAUGACAUAGUAAAUCAAAAAAUAAUUAACAAUAGAAUUUGUGAUGAUGAUAAAUUACUGUGUUCCUAUCACAUGAAGACAGCAGUUUUCUGGGUGAUUCAAAAGAAUACGUUACAACCAUGGUGUCCACAAAAUCUCUUGGAGUGUUUCUGGGUUUGUUUUAAACUAGUUGUGAAGUGGGUGUAUGAUGGAGUCUGUCCUAACUUUUUCAUUCCCCAAAAUAACAUGUUUCUUAGUAAAAUCCAUGGUGAAGCACAGCAUAAGCUAUUCAUGAGUCUGUAUGGGUUGUACAAGAAAGGUUUAGCAUUCCUGCUACACAGUCCCUCCAUUAGGUCUUGUAUCAUAAAUGUCCUUCACAACCCAAGACUCUCCAUUUGUACCGAUGAACAUACUUUGAUUUCCGAGGCUGAGUUUGAUACAGAGCUAUUGAAGGAGAUACACGAAUAUGGAAAUGUUCCCACAUGGAACAUACACACCUGUAUGACAUUUCUACAUAGAAUAGAACAGAUGAUAAUCUCACCUCUCCUAACACAGUAUCAAGUUGUGAUGCUACAGAAACUUACAGCUGAGGUCCUUCAGAGGACUGCUUUUAUACUACACAUGGAGAUUUAUUUAAGUGAAAAUAAACAGAGGUAUAGAAUUGAUAAAAUCUCCUGUCACAUGCUGAAAUUAGCAGCCAAGUUUGGUUGCAUUUCUGACAUGUCAUUCCUAGCCAUGUAUUAUUACAAGACAAGUAGAUACAUGGAAUCUUUAUCUAUUAUAGAAAUGAUCAAGGUCAAAAUUGCGCAGCCAUAUGUGAUCUGUAGGUAUGAUAUAGAUGCAGAAAUGUACAUUGAGGCGGUAGGGGGACAGUCCUGGUCUACAAAGAUGAGACAGGCUGUAGCUUGGCAAAUUGAACUUGACAAUCAAAUCCAUUACAUCAGUGAAUUAAUACCAUUACAAAUGUCUCGUCUGCAGAACAGAAUACCAAUAUUAGCUAUACGUGUGCCACCAUUUUUACUGAUAUCAGUGCUAGAGAUCUUGUGCUACAGACAUAUAGACACAAUAAAAGCACAAACAGCUCUAGAUGAUCUACAGACCCUUGUUCACUAUCAACAGGCACAGUGUAUAGAUUAUUAUAACAGAGAUUUAUUAAAGCAGAUUCUGGGGAUCUGUCAAUAG